AUUCUGUUCGGAAGAAAAGGCGCCAUUAUGAAAGUUGUCAAACAUGUGAGUAUAAAAUGUGAAUUUUUCUGGUCAAGUCAUUUGCCUGUUUUUGACUUUUAUUAUGUAUAAUUCGAAUCGUAACGAUAAAAUGAAAUAAAUUUAAAUUAUUGUAUUGAAAUGACUGUAAGAUGGACGUCUUACCUCAUAAUAAUUUGAAAGAGCAGUUGUCUAGAUUUAGUGAAAACAGAAAGAACGAAGUAAAUAUCCCGAAAAGUACAUCAAAGAAGCAAUACAGCUUUAAAAAGCCUGCAAAAAUCCUCGGCAAUGCCAAAGAAAAUGCUCCAGAAAUACAUUUCGUUGAAGACGAUGGAAGAUUUACCAGCACACCUAAACAUCCAAGUAAGCACCAGUCAACAAUGCUUUCAUUUGUUAAGAAAUCAGUUAAUACAUAUGCAGAGAAGAAACGAAAAGACACUCAUAUUUCUUCUUUAAACAUAUCCUUAAAUAAAUCUAAUUCCUGUGAUGCAUUCGAUGAUUUGGAUGAUUUUGAAAUACCUUUUCAAAAGAAGUUUCUACAAGAUAUAUCCUUACAAAAGAAUAAGAUUUCUGAUCAAACUGAUAAAUCAGACGGUUCUAAUUUGAAUAGUUAUAAUAAUAAUAAAGAUACAUCGUUAGAAACAGAUUUAGCUAAUAAGGAUUUAAAUAAAAAAGUUAUUAAAGAUCCUGACAUAUCGAUACAACCUAAUAAUUCUAAUGAUAAAUGCUUUAAUAAUCCUGUGUGUAUACCUGAGACACAAUUACCAGAUUAUUCUGAAAUAUUUCCAGAUGAUGACGAUGAAAUUAUAGCAACACAAUACUUUAAUGACUUGGAUCCUUUACAUUUUUCAAAAAUUGAAAAAUCAGUAAAAUGUGAAUUGAAAUCUAUAAAUCUGGAUGAUGAUGAAUUCAAUGAAAAAGCAUCUGAUUUUGUAAAUCAAAAUUCUGAAUUUGGAAACACUAUUAAAUCCACUAAUUUAAAUAAUAAUCAUGAAGACACUGAUAUUCACAAUUAUUCAUUUGAAAGUAUAAAAGAACAAAAUCUUUUUGAUGAUGAUAAUGAUUGUGGUGAUGAUAAAGAAUUUGUAGCUAAAAGUAAUAUUGAAUUUUUACAAACAAAUAAUGAUAUCAAUACAAUAUCAGAUAUAUCUGAAAGUGAUUUUCUUGACUCAUUAGAAAAAAAUCUAUAUGAAACAUUUGAUGAAAGUGACUUUUUACAUGAAACAAAUACAAAAAACAUUAAGAAGAAUGAACUAAAUAAUAAUCCUCAAUUAUUUCAAGAUGAAAUUAUUUCUAAAACUCCUAUUGAGGAAAACACUUCAUCACAAUCUAUUAAUUCUUUAAAAGAAAUAAAUUACAGUAUAAUGACCAAAAUUUGUGAUUUGUUUCAAACAAAUACUGCUGCAGUUAAAACUGUUGCAGGAUUAAAAGAGUUAUUAGAAGUGCGUUCACAAGUUUUAAACGAAAUUAAGAAAUUAGAACCAAAAUCUAAGAUAACAUCCAAUAAAAAACCUUCUCUGUCAUCUCGACUGUCUUCAAAAUAUAAUAAUAAUAAUUUAUUCCAGCAAGUUACUGAAAUAAAGUCUUCUUCCUCAUCAUCAUCAUGUACUUUAAUAGAAAGUAAUUUACAUCAAACCAAGUCUUCAGAAUUAAAAGUUGCUGAUAGCAGAGAAAACAAUUCAUCACUUAAUGAUAUUCAAAGUCCUGUAAUAACAAGUAAUGUUUCUAGUCCAAAUAUUUCUAAAUCUUUUUCAAAUAAAAAAAACUCUAAUAGCAGUGAACAAAUACAAACAAUUGAAGAUAUUCAGACACAAGAUACAAAUAUAAAAUUAGAUGAAUAUUUAAUAGAAGAUUUUACUGUAAAACAAACAAUUGAAAAACAAGAAAUAGAUUAUACAUCAGCUCUUUAUGAAACUCAAAAAAAUAAAGAAAUUUCAAAAUUUGAAUCUGGAAAUAAGCUUGUUGCAGGUUAUUUUUGUCGUAAUCAUAGAGAUGAUGGAGCAUCUGAUAAAUAUAAAGGGUUAAAUUUCCCUCACUCUGAGGAAAUGAUGUCAUUUUUCAGACAGGUUUUUGGCUUACAAAAAUUUCGACAUAAUCAACUUGAAACAAUAAAUGCUGCUUUAUUAGGAGAAGAUUGUUUUGUUCUUAUGCCAACUGGUGGAGGAAAAAGUUUGUGUUAUCAACUUCCAGCAUUAAUGACAAAAGGAGUCACUGUAGUAAUAUCUCCUCUGCGUUCUCUGAUUCAGGAUCAAGUUCAAAAACUUUGGACUCUUGAUAUUCCUGCCAAUCAUCUUUCGGGGGAUAGAGAAAGUAAUGUAUCAGAUACAAUAUAUAAACAAUUGCUUAAUAGGGAACCCAGUAUAAAACUUCUUUAUGUUACACCUGAAAAGAUUAGUGCCAGUAAUAAAUUAUCAAGUGUCUUUCAAAAUUUAUUCAAAAGGAAAUUGCUUGCAAGGUUUGUCAUUGAUGAAGCGCACUGUGUUAGUCAGUGGGGGCAUGAUUUUAGACCUGAUUAUAAACGAUUAAAAAUACUUCGUGAAAAAUAUCCUGGGGUGCCAUUUAUGGCUCUUACAGCAACAGCUACACCUCGUGUUAGAACUGAUAUUCUUCAUCAGUUAAAUAUGCCUCAACCAAAAUGGUUUCUUCAAAGUUUUAAUAGACCAAAUCUCAAAUAUGAGGUAGUACAUAAAAAAGCAAAGAACUGUAUUCAAGAUAUUAUUAAUCUCAUAAAAACAAAAUUCAAUGAUAUGAGUGGCAUUAUAUAUUGUCUUUCAAGAAAUGAUUGUGAUCAAGUUGCAGCAGAUUUAAUUAAUUCAGGAAUUCAAGCUAUAUCUUACCAUGCUGGUAUAGAAAAUGAAAAUCGUAAUCAUGUUCAGGAGAUGUGGAUUAAUGAUAAAUGUAAAGUAAUAUGUGCAACCAUUGCAUUUGGAAUGGGAAUAGAUAAACCUGAUGUUCGAUUUGUCAUACACCAUUCCAUACCAAAGUCAAUUGAAGGAUAUUAUCAAGAAUCAGGACGAUCCGGUAGAGAUGGAGAAAGAUCAUGGUGCAUUUUAUAUUAUAACUAUCACGAUUUUCAUCGAAUUAAAAGAAUGAUUAUAAAAGAUACAGAAAAUCAACAUGCUAAAAAUACUCAUCUGGAUAAUUUAUAUCGUAUGAUUAAUUUUUGUGAAAACAAAACAGACUGUAGAAGAGUUCAGAUGUUAAAUUAUUUUGGAGAAAUAUUUAAUAAAGAUCUUUGUUUAUCAAAUCCUUUAACAGCAUGUGAUAAUUGUUUAUGCAAGGACACGUAUGAAACUUGUGACGUUACAGAGGAUGCUAUAGCAAUUGUGCAAUGUAUUGCACAGUUAGUUGGUGAAUCAAGAAAAAAAAACUACACAUUAACAUACUUUGUUGACAUUUUUAAAGGUUCAAAUAAUACAAAAAUAAUUUCUGCAGGCCAUAAUAAACUUGCUUUACAUGGUCGUGGUCAAACCUAUGCAAGAGCUGAUGCUGAACGUUUAUUAAGAAAAUUAGUGCUAGAUAGAUUUCUGGAAGAAGAUUUGGUAAUUACUCAAAUGGAGCAUGCUGUUUCAUAUGUAAAAUUAGGGUGUAGAUCACAAGAACUUCUGAAUAAGCAAGUAAAAGUAAAGUUUACUUUGAAAAAAGGAUCUAGACAUUCUUUAUCAGUACAACCUAUUGUUGAGAUUGAUGAUGAUUCUGAAAUUAAACAAUUAGCUAAUCGUUGUUAUGCAGAAUUGAUAGAUGUAAGUAAAUCAAUUGCUGCAGAAAAUGGAAUUCAUUACACAAAUGUCAUUAAUGUAGAAGCUCUCAGACAAAUGUCUAGAGAGAUGCCUAUGACUGAAAAUGAAAUGCUACAUAUACCACAUGUUACUAAGAUUAUAUAUGAGAAAUAUGGAGCACAGUUUCUAAAUGUAACUCAGAAAUAUGGAUAUGACAGAGCUGUUUUAGAUGCUGAACAAGAAAUCCAUAAAGAUGUGUUUGAAUUGCCAAAUAGUCCAGAUGAAGAUAGUUGGUUAAAUUGUGCUAGCAGCAGUAAAGGUGCAUUCAAAAAAAGGGGAACAAAGAGAAAAUAUAACAGGAGAAAUACUGGAAAUUCAGCAAAAAAGUUUAAGAAUGAAAAAAAUAAAGGAAUAAGAACCAAAAAUAAAUUUUCAUCAGCAAAUAAAUCAAAGGCAUCGAAUAUUUCAAAUUUAAAUACAAAAAAUAUACCUCAAGUUAAAUCUAGUGCUUCAGCUUCAAAAGUAAAAGAAGGGUUAAGAUUAUUACCAGCUCCAAAACCAAAAACUGCUAAAACUACUGACAGAUCAUUUUUACCACCACCUAAAGUAUAUUAUGCUUAAUAAUAGAAUGUAUAAUAUCCUUUUGUGAAUAAAAUGUAUUUAAUAAAUAUAAU